AUGAUCCUUCAUAUUCAGGUCGUCCCUUCACCUACAAAGAGAGGAACAGUUGGUGGAAAUAGAGGCACCCUGCCUUGGGAAAUGGAAGGCAAAUCCCAACGUCUAGAAAAUGUGACAAUCUACCAUGUAGGUGCAGUUGAAGGGUUUCAAUUUUCCUACGUUGACGAAGGCGGGAAAAUCUGCACCACUGAUACUUGGGGUCGAGUACAUCCUGAUCCUUUGCGCAAGACCGAAAUAAAGUUUGGCCCCUCAGAGUUUGUGAAGAAGAUCAAUGGGGCUCAGAGAGGAGGCGAGGGCUGGCUGUCAAAAUUUGAGAUCGUCACCACCCACAAAACGUAUGGUCCUUUUGGAAGUGACAACGGCGCUCCACAUUUCAGCUAUACCGUGCCGGAGGACGAGACCGUGGUGGGCUUCUUCGCAAACACUGAUAACAUUUUCGUCACUUCGAUUGGUGUUUACACCAUCUAA